AUGUCCAUGGCCUCAGCGUGCGAGGAGUGGCAGCAUGAGUGCCUCUGUGGCUUCCCUCGAUGUAUUGACUCAUUGCUUGUCGGUGACGGCACUCUUGACUGUGUGGAGGGCUCUGACGAACUGAGCAUAGACAAGAGCUCCUACAUUUGUCCGUCAGACGGCUCACAGACCUUGGAUCAAAGAAGACGACGCCGCCGUCAGAUUAAUGAAGGAGUACGAACUGACGUGUUGAGGACGAUCAUCCCAGAGGCUGACCAUCCUACCGGCCUCCUGACCUCCACCGUUGGCACCUUCGUCAACGAUGGCACCACCUCAGAGUACGCCACACUGGUGUAUGGCACCAGCCUCAACGGGCAUUACACUAAACUCGCCUCCACCUCCUCACGGGUGUUCUUUGCAAUGCCGACUCGACUCUCCAGUGGAUCACCCGAGGAAUUGACUUCGUCAGAACUACAGACACAAGUUACUGACGACACCACGACAAUAUACACCACACGUUACUUGCACACACAUAUUGAUGGAACAUACGCCAAGCUCAUCGAAACUAUGUCGGAUGUACGUUCUCAUCUCUCCCAAUCCCCCACAGUUCCCUUCAGCAUCCCUGUCCAGGGUACCUUCUUCACAGAAGCUUCAGGAGGACAGCGAACCCAGCUGAAGGUCAGUCUCGUUGACGGCUCCUCGAAUCCCCAUCCUGUAGCUGAUGAGGUAGUGACGCUGACGGGCACACAAGGACAGUUCAUCAAGGAUGGUCCCUCUCAGCCCACCACCUACAAUGUCUUCACAGGGUCUUACGCCAAGGACCACCGCACUUACCUCUUCUUCUUUGGCAACACAGCCUUGCCACAGUCUCCUGGGAUUGAAGGACCGACGAGAGUUACCCAGACUCACACCGAAGUAGUUCUCAAAAAAGGUGGACAUCAGUCCAGGAUCAUCGUGGAUAUGGAAAAGGAUCUUCAGAUGACUGUGCCAUCCAAAACUCAGAACAUCGACUCCACAGUUGCCCCUGAUCUCCUGAUGGGGGAGGGAAUGGUUGAUGGUCGCAUCAUGGGCGGGGUGUUUAUUGAAGGCUCUGAGGGCUUUGACAUGGAAGGUACACAGAGACAGGGUGGUGAGACAAGCAUGCUCACUAUUACUAUUGGUCGUCCCGUCGCCCACACCCGCAUGGUCCAGCCUGCGUCAGUCACGCAUCCAGAAGAGGUUACAGUCCUCAGCAUGGCUGACAUGCUUCGCGAUACUAGUGAUACUGAUAAUGAGAUUGACGUGUCUCUCCUGCGGGCCCGCAAGGCUCGCCUAACCAACGGAGAGAUCAUCGCAGAUCUACGAACCUCUCGCCCGCUGGAAGUCAACUUACCCACCUAUACAGUUAAUCAACCAAACGUUCCUCUGGAGCAAGUUGUGGCACUCAGCAAGCACAUUGAAAGGAAAACAGAGAAAUCGGUGGAGAGAAGCGUGAGUGAAAAGCAUCAGGAGUCUCAUCAACGUGAGGGUAAAUCCGUCACUGACAUUCGAGCCAGAUUCAACCUGGCCAGUGGUGGAAGCGAGUCUAACCUUCCCACUGUUACCUAUGUAGGCUUUGCCGACUUUACGACCACUAUUGCUGGCACCGUCGUGGUGUUCACACCUCGUUCAGGAACCCCGAAUAAGGUAGUAAAGCCAGCGACGUCGAGGACUAAAGAGCUACAUUCACAAAUAACAUCAAAUCCAGCCCUGCCCCAACAUGCAUCAGAGCCGACUGCUCUUGCUCCCCGUCUGGCCACAGAGCCGACUAUUCUGGCACCGUCUGUCACAGAGCCGACUAUUAUAGCCCCAUCUACCACAGCGCCAACAGUUCUAGCACCGUCUAUUGCAGAGCCAGUAGUUCUAGCACCGUCUGCUGAAGAGCCAAUAGUUCUAGCACCGUCUGCUGCAGAGCCAACUGUUCUAGCACCAUCUGUUCCAGAGCCAAUUGUUCUAGCACCGUCUGCUGCAGAGCCAAAUGUUCUAGCACCGUCUGUCACAGAGCCUGCCACUCAAGCAUCGUCUGCCUCACAACCAAUUGUUCUAGCACCAUCUGUCGUAGAGCCAAUCGACUCUAGCACAGCCAGCUGCAGAAUCGACCAAUCUAGCACCCCAUCUAGCCACAGAGCUGACUACUCUAGCGCUCGCCUAGCUACUUCCAGGCAGACUGAGGGAAAUACUAACAGUGAACCACCUGCACAUACUCCUCCCAUUAGGACGUCUGACCAGAAAGGGGACGUGGAAACCAGGAUGGUCACACAGACAGAAGGAACCUUGGUAAGGACACCAGGCCAAGACGAAGGUUUCAUUGAUGCCAUGGACAACGUAUUCUCCACUAUCUCUACUCUAAGAUUCAACACGGAUGACCGAUACCCUACCGGCCUAGUGUCGUCAAUUGGUGGAACUAUUGUCAGAAAUGGAAUGACCACUCUCCUCACCACUUACGUGUAUGGCACAUACAUUCGUGAACAGUAUGCACAGAUAGUGCAGAGCACCUCUAGCAUCUUCUAUCUCGUCUCUCGUUCUGCAACUCCUUUAAUUCAACCUACACCUUCAGUGCAAAAUAUUGCUGCGACACUAAGUCCUGAGAAGCCAGGAACAGCAACAGAAGAUUACAACCUUUAUGACUACGAGUACGAUGGUUAUACUACAGAGAAUUUACCAAAGGGUAUUAAGGAAAUCGUCGACAAUGCGCUGGGACGCUCCGUGGCCUCUAGCCCCGGACAGCAGCUGAUUGUAGAUACCGAGAGUGGUAAAGAAGCAAAGGAAGAGAUCGCCCCAGUCACACCAGUAGCUGUUACACCAGAACCUACAGAGACGGAACUCCCUCCUGAUUCAGUGACCGUCUACACCCAUUACACCACCUAUUUCACAGAAGGCAUAACGACACUGCGAAAAGAACCCCUUUUUGGGUUUACUACCACUCAGGCGAAUCCAUUUGAGGUGAAUCCAUUUGGAUUCACCACCACCGAGCUGAAUCCAUCUGGAUUUGCAGACACUGAGGCGAAUCCAUUUGGGUUUGCUGAAACUGAAGAUCAUAAUUCAUUUGGAUUCAAUACCACUGUGGAUGAUUCAUUUGGGUUUGCUACUACUGAAAAAAGUCCAUUUAGAUUUACUACAAACGAGGAUAAAUUCUUUGAAUCCACUGUCAAAGACAAUAAUCGAUUUGGAUUCAUUACUAAAAAACCAUCUAGAUUCACCACUACUGAGGAUAAUAUAUUUGGAUUUACCACCACUGAAACAACUCCAUUUGGACUCACCCCUUCAGAGAAAAAUACAUUUGGACUGGCAACAGAUAUGCCCAAAGUAAAGGACCAUGAGCAUAGCAAAAUGACCAAGUCCACUGGCCUUCUCUCCACUAUUCGAGGCAGCACUGUUGUUAACGGCACCACUACAGUCUUCUCCACCAACAUCAUUGGCACUGUGGUCGAUGGAUUAUAUGCCCAGAUUCAGUCGACCACCAGCAUCAUCAUUCUUCCAUCCUCUGAGGUGGUACCACUCUUCCUGCCCUCUCCCACUAAGGAGACCACCACCAGCCUCCCAUUCUUUUUCCUCCCAACAACCAGUGAGGAGGCUACACUGUCGCUAGCGACCCUAGAACCAGUUUUUCCCUUUGUCAUAGAUGAGGAGGAAGUCGACGUUCCUGUAACUCAACCAACACUGUUUGCAACACCAACACUCGACUCAUCCCUGGUAGACCCGAAAGCUGACGUGACACCCGUGGAUACUGCCACAGAUGCUCUUCCAGAUUAUGACUUUACUGAAGAACCAGAAGAUGAUUUACUAUUGCAUGAAAACAAAGACAAAGCGAAUUUUCCCUCGACUAACCGCAAUCAGUUCCCUAUGCGAAUUCCAGGCUCUCGCAGGCGACCUGAUAUACUACCUUUCUUGAGGCGCACGUCAUUCCGACCCCGACCAGAAACCAUUACCAGGGAUGGUGUGACGCCAACGGUAAUUGCAACUCCUGCAAGUACCUCAGAGGAAGAAAAGCUUCUGUCAACCACACGUCCCUUCAGAUUUGCUUUUGCAGAUUCUCCAACUGUCCGUGCAUCCCCAGUCACGACCUCUGCUCGCUUCCGCUUCCAGUCUCCUGGAUCAGUACUACCACCUGGAUCUUCCCGUCCAGGAUUCUUUGGUACAACAAGUAUUAGACACAGUUCCCCAGGAUUUCGAUUUGGUUCAAGUGGCAUAGGUCAUUUUGGUGGUUCAAGCAGCCCUGGAGGCUUCAGGUUAAGUAGUGUACGCUCAUCUGUUUUCCCAGGAGCCAGCAAAGUUAUCUCACCCUCCUCAGUGUUGCACAAAGUUAAAACUACAAUUGCUCCUGACUCUGACCUAACACCAUAUGAAGAUGAGGAAUUUGAAGACUUUGAUGCACCACAUUCCAACAAUCCACAGGCAGGUUUCCGGCAAUUCAGCUUCCGACCCAGACAGCAGGCUGACACUGCAGGAACAAGGUCCAGCAUUCCUUUUGCACUGCUAAACCGUCGUCCGGGAAGUACAACUGCUGCCAGAGAAGCACCAAGUCCAAGUAGAUUAUCUCCAACCAUUAAAUCACCAAGUGACACAGAGCUUUACGAAGAGGAAGAACCCAUUUCACAGCCAGCUAAUCCAUCUCCAGGUGCUGGCUUCCGCAUUAAUCGGUUAAGCUUGGAUGAACGAAGACGCAACCGUUUCCGUCAGAGUAGACCUGACUUGUCUAAGUUGUUCCCCCGUAGAAAUUCCUUGAAGUCAGACCUAGACAAUGAGGCCACGAGGGUUGCACCUGUGUUUGUUGAAGCCGAUGGAAGAUUCCUCACACCUGAAGAACUAGAGUCUAUAUUAGCAGAUGAGGUUAUACCAGAAGAGACUGUAGUCAGGAAGAAACGUCAGGCAGGUGAUUUUGGAAUGCGCACCACAGCUAGAGGAACAGCCAGACGUCCAUUAGUAAGAGGAAGUGGCCGCUCUCGAGAUUCAUUGCCCUUAGCACCUCCCCCUAAGUCAUCUGACUCACCAAGAGGUCGCCAGAGACCCUCACGUCCAUCAGCCCCGACUCCUCCACAAAAGGACAGAGGCUCCCAGUUUACACUGACUAAUGCUAAUCCUAGAGUACGAGGUCGUGGGCCCACCCCAAAGCAGGAGGCAAAACCUGCUGAAGAAAAAGUAAGUGAACCACCACCAAAGCCUUCAGCACCAUCAAGAAGUCGAUCUUCACUCCCAGCCAGACCUCGUGCCUCAAGAACCCGGGCGACUGUUCCUUUGGGCAACAUCCGUGGUCGAGGAUUCAGAAGACCUGCCACUGACAAUAAUGUGCGUGAUUCUAGUAAGUUCACACCAACACGACAAUCCAGCUCCCCGAUCAGAAGGCCAUCAUCACUUAACUCAAGAAAUGGCGAAAACCGAAACCGAAGGCCUGCUGGAAACCGCAAACCACCACCUUCCUCGAACCCCAUCAAGGAGUUUAGAAACAGACCUUCUCCUCCGGUUACAACUGAGGCACCAGCUAUCUUUCCCAGUGAAGAUGGUGGUUUCUUGAUCCAGGACGAACUGACAAUCACUCGUGAGAAGCCUGUGAAGGCGACAAUUCCUGUGGUUGAAGACGGCAAGACAGUGCAAAAAGAGGUUAUCACUGCUUCUCUGCAGACGGAAGUCAUCCAACCAGACCAGAUAACACAGACAGAGAUCGACGGUGUCAUUAAGCUGCUGCUCAGCACAAUUGAUGGAGGCAACGAAAUUACACACUACAUUGUUGACCCUGUGGAGACUACCUCAGUCACCUUCACCCCCACUUUCAUUGGAGGUCGCCGCACAUCAGCCUCUGUUGUUCUUCCCUCAACUGCCUACAACGUCGUCUCCGUUGUUAAAACCAAACAAGGUGGGGAUAUACAACAGCUGCUGCAGCUGCUACUGGCACAGCAGCAACAAACACAAAACCCACUUCUGGCAGCACUGGGACUGGGGCAGCCUAUGACCAGUGAAGUGGUACACACUAGAUCCUUUGUCACUACCGUCACCAACAUUGUCUCGACAGCAAUCCCAAUCAUUUUCCGCGGGAAAACCAUCCAGACUACGGUUGUAGAGUCUGAAGUGGAGGUAGUGACGGCAACGGAAUUCAGCACAGAGACCGUUGUGACCCAUGGCACAGCUGGACCUCUCACCAAUGCCAACCCUCUGAACCAACUACUGCCAUUCCUGCUUCAAGGGCAACUACAGCAACAAUCUCCUCAGAUUAGACCCACACGUGAACCCUCCAUAGAUGCCUCAAAGGUUGAUCCCCAGCUCCUCGACCAGCUCCUAAAACAGCAGCAAAAUGAUAAAGCAGGGCGCCAGCAAAGAGCCAAGCCUGAGCCUCCACCCACACCAGCACCAGUGGAGACAUCAAUUGUCACGAUGUAUGUAUCAGGCAGGAGACCAGGAGAAUUCUCCACCAUCCUCUCCACCGUCACCAUCUCUGGAGAUGCCACCCGCAGGAAGAGAGGUUCUCUUAACACUAAGGAUGUGCAGGCCACAGUUCUCCCUCAAUACAUCGAGACGGAUAAGGGUCUCUUCCAACUCCCUGAUACUUACAGCGAGGAUGAUAUAGAUUGGUUUAUUGUAUCUGCUAUGAACGAGAUAGAUACCAGUGAUAUUCGUAAAGUCACACCCAGUUUAGAGUCUGUUCUGGGUGAUUAUGCAAAGUACAUCGAUCAGACAGCAGUGUAUCGUCAGAAUGGGACCCACUCUUUUAAUACACAGCCUUUUUUAUGGGAAGGCCCCGCUGAGUCCGCCCCGCUCAAGCGGAAUGUUCGCAGUGCACAACGGGGCAACACUGGGCUUCCUGAAGCUCGCAAGAUCCAGGACGAUAUAAACCAGCAGCAGCAGCAGCAGGUCGUCCAUGACAAUGACGGAAAACAAACCUCCCCAAGUCAAUCAGAUGUUACAGAACUACAGCCUCAGAAUCUGCAGGCGCCCACCACCUACUACACCACCUUCACCUACUACACCACACUGGUAGACGAAGUCGGUCUCGAGUAUGUCCAGAGCACUGAAGAAACCAUCACUCAGGUAGCCACACAUGGCAAUGUCAAUGACUUUACCAGGAUUGAUGAUGGUGGAGAGUCACUAGUAAAUAGUGUCCCAGUCCAAGCCAAAUUUACGCUGAAAGAUGCCAUUAUCCCAGGAAAACCUCGCCCAGUGCCUGACCCGGUGUUCAUAGAGCCUCCACCACCGUUUGGGCCGGUUGUUCGUUAUUUCGAGCCAGGGCAGGCGCUGACCCUGAGCUUUGUAGAGUUGCUUGCUGAAGACAAUCCUGAUAAACUGCAAGAGUCACAAGUAAUAAGGCGCAAAGUUCCCCCUCCAGGAAGUGGACACCUCAAUCCCCAACUCAUAAUUCAGCCCAGGCCAAAAGACUCAUCAAUUGGAGAUGCAGAUACUGACUCUCGGCAGAAGCCCCGCGUUGUUGUGCUGACCCGAAAGCGGCCGCUGCAGCAGACAAGGCCAGACGACCGUGUGAAAUCCAUUGUCACCCAACGCCAUCCAGUCAACCAGGUAAAGAGUGAUGAACCACCUACCACAGAUCCCACACCUAUGCCUCCUCUCAGUUCAGGAGCUCCAGUUGAAGAUAAUAUCCAAGCUGAGAACAUCCAGGAUUUCAUAGAUUUCCAGAAAAUUCCAACUCCAAAUGAAGCAACACAUGAGAUAAUGGAGACAGAAGAGCGGGAUAUUGAAGGGGAAGCAUCAGGAGGUGGACAGGGAAGCCGUAACAGAGUUCGUGUCACCGUCACCAGCCGGCGACGUGUGCAGGUAAGCAACACUGUGGGGGAAGACAAGACCAUGACGCAGCCUGGUGGUGGUCGACGUGUGGUAGUGACGCGCCGCUUGCCUCAACCUACUGUAGUGGCCAGCCCUUUACGUCCUCUGGAAGCCACAGUCAGCACAUACUAUACCGUCUACUCCUACCUUUACACUCUCUAUGAGAACUCCACUCCAUACUCCAUGUCAACGAGAGAGGUAACCGUGUCAAAUGAAGUACCACCCACUGUUAUCUCUGUGCUACCUACCUUCCAGACAGGCACAGCGGUUGACGGCUUUUACACACUUGAAACUGGAACUGCUAUAGCCACAUUAGGAGAGCGUGUCAUCAACUCACUUACUACACAAAUAUUUCUUGCCUCUGCCACCUUGGUUGAUCUUACUCCUGAGGAUAUAAAACGAAAUGAGGAAGCAAACCAGAAGUUGGCUGCCUCAGAAUCUCUAGACGCAGCCACUUCAUCACCUGUCAAACCCCCUGCCACCCCUGUCACUCUCCAAUCUUCUCUGGUAGAAGAUGAUUUUUCAUCCACAGACACUCCCUUCCUUACCACUAGCACUUUCAGAGCCACUCAAGUGAAAAUUGAAUCCUCUCAACAGAGAGAAAGGGAAGACUCAACACCUUUAUCUGCAGACAAUGUUGCUACAACUUUGCCUGAGGAACCCACGCCCUCAAGAGCUGGUGUCAGAGACAAUGGGAGAGGCACUAUCAGGUUCGCUGAUCCACGGAAGAGAGUCCGAGUUACUGUCACUAGGCGAAGGCCAGUCACCCCUGUUACUCAGGAUCCAUCAGAUGCGCUUAUUGCCGAUAUUCCCGAAGUUGAAAUUCCAUUUGAGGCUCCUGAGUUGGCCCGGGAGCACCCAGCCCUUGAUGACAUUCCCACAGAACCUGAAAUUCUGGAGACAGAAGUAACCUCCGAGUCCCCAAGUCAACAUGAGAGACCAUCUACAUCACCACCAUUCAGAUUCUCUCUUCCAGGUCCUGGAAGGCAUCCAGUUACGCCACCUUCACGUACAUCCACAUCACAAUCUCCUGAAGAAAAAAAAAAGGAUGCACCAAGAUUAUCUCUUGAGGAAGAUAACUUCUCUCCACGACCUUCUCCAGGUCAAGUAAGGUUUACACCAAGACCAUCUGAUGAAGAUAGAAUUAUUCCACGACCUUCUCCAGGUGAGGUAAGGUUUACACCAAGACCAUCUCCUGAUGAAGGCAGAAUCAUUCCACGACCUUCUCCAGGUGAAGUAAGGUUUACACCUAGACCAUCUCCAGAUGAAGAGAGACUGGCGUCUCGUAUACCAGAAGACGAAAAAGAACCUCCAAAGGAUUUCACAUUCAAAGAAGUUCAUGAAGAGCCAGGGACUGAGGCACCAAGGCCAACCCCAACUCCUACUCGUCCAACACGGCCUCCGAGAACGUCAAUUCGUCGAGACGACAUACCCAUCAUUCGUAGACCAAGCUUUGAGCGUCCGUUGCGUCCGUUUGUGACACAGGAAGACUUGGAGCCAACUACUCCAAGCGAGAAUCGUCUGAGAUUCACACCAGCACCAGAACCUGAGGUUAAGUUGAAGGCAUCUGAAGAUCCACCAGUCGAGGUUGCUACAGAACCCGACCUCACUGAGGGAGACUAUGCCUAUGAUGACUACUAUGAAGACUACUAUUAUGAUGAGGGACACCCAGAGUCAUCAGUGGCUGAUGAACCUGUGGAAGAUAAGGCCCAUGCACUUGACACAGCAGCUGAAGAUGAACACUCUCCCCUUCAUGAUGAAGCUGAACCACACACCAAAGCUUCUCCCACUGUUUCAAAACUGAAACCAAAGUUUGUGAGGCCAACACACUCUGGAGUCACAACAAGCGUGUUUGAUAUUACUGAUGCUCUGAAGCGUGAGCGAACACACACUAAAUUUGUAACGCCGUCACCACCGCGCACUCCAGCCACUCGACAGCACCUGACUCCCAAACAUAAAGAACAUAGACUGGCCUCUAAUGUCAUAUACAGUACCUUUACCAGCACAACUUACCUUCCUAUCCUGGGUGGUGAGCGCUCCAUCACCCUAACUAUCCUCACCUCCACCCUUAUUACUCUCGCUGAGGACCAGCUUCAUCUCAUCACUGAUUCUCCUGGACUGUUUGAUCCGUCCUUGGCUACACCGACGGCCUUGCCUACCCCCUCUGCCCCUCUGCCUUCUCUCGCACCUUCUCCUCCUGUGGUGAGCGACACCCAGACAGCUGUCAGCGACACGCUCUCUGAGGAAACCCACUUUACCUCACCUGCCUUCAGAAAAACUGGCAGUCACCUAGCACGGCCGGAGACCACCAGGGCUUUCGGGUUCGCCAGCGUCUCCCCGAGCAUUUUCUUAGGCUUACACCCGGGCAGGUCACUGCCUGUUGGUCGGGACUGGGUUCGGGUCGGUCGGUGGUUGGUUGGACGGCCUGAGUCUGUCCAGGUGGAGGGGACGCAGGGGCCCAGCUUGGGGGAGGAGCAUCACCUCGGGGCCCGCUUUAGCAUCGGCAGCCCUCACAGCUUGGCCACCAGGGUCAUGAGUAACGGCGUCGAGGUCAUUGUCGCUGGUGACAAGACUGCCUCGCCACUGCCUCACGAUCACCUAGUUACCAAUAAUUUCGAGAAAUUCCGACGACCCAUCACUCUACCGCCCUCGACCUUGUCUGACCACAUGCUCCUCUUCACGCCCACGGAAACUGCUCACCCCAAGGUGACCCAGCUGGCAGGUGGUGAUGAUGGUGCCUGCCAGACCACCACCUACUUCACCACCUACACCUACUACAACACCUUCCUGGCUGGCAAUAAACCUUUCGUGGUGACCAGCAAGGAGACUGUGGAGAACGUGGUGACUGUCCCCAUCCCAGACGCUAGCAACUACAUAGAGAGGACAGAGGUGACGUUCGACACUCACACUUACUUCACCACGCAAACCUUCACUCGCAGAGUGGAGCCCGACCAGCGGGUGGUGACCUCGGAGGAGGUUCUCACUCAGGUGGUUAUCACCGAGGCACCAUCGGUACAGCGAGCCACCUUUAUCCCCAAUAGGUCUUCACUAGUCAUCAAGACUUACUUCACUACCCUCACUUACUACACCACUGCAGUAACUGGCAUCACCACCCUGGUGAGCAGCAGCACUGUAGUAUCCUCAGAGGUGGUGACGGAGACAGCUUACAUGACAGAGUCUCCAAGUCUUGAUGUUGGUGACGAGUUUGACUUGAUGUCAACUCCCACUGUUGACCCAGAGGCUUCGUUUGACUACGAGGCUGCUGAUGAAGAUGGCUUGGUGCUGUAUGCCACCAUGACCAUAUAUACUACCCUCACCUACCUCACAACCAUUCUACAGGGCACCCGCACCAUCACUACAUCUAGGACAGAGGUUUCAUCAAAUAUCGUCACAGAAUCCUUGACUUCAGCCUUGAAUUCUGAGGAACUCAUCUCCUUUAGAAACUCUUACUUGUCCUGGCAGGUGACACCUACAGCUGUCGGCGCAACACAGCCACCAACUAUCGCUUAUGUCAAGCUCAGAGACAAUGUUUACAAGCAGUUGCGUACCUUCUUUACCACAUACACAUACUACACUACUCUUCACAACGGUGUCGUCAACUCAAGUCUUCAGACUGAGACGAAGGUGUUCACCUCUACCAUAAGCACCACAGGAAUCCCGGCAUCACUCCUCAUCACUCCUACAAGACGGUUCGAACGUCCUUCCUUUGAAGCUACUGCUGAGGUUCCUUCUCUAGGAGGAGGCGCUGGUGUCCAGCUUGACCCAUCAUAUCUAUCUUCACUGAGAAGUUCUAUUAUGGUGUCCAAGGCCACGACUGCACCUGCUGGCCCAAGCGAGGAGGAAGGUCUUCAGGCCACAGUCCAUGUCCAGGAGGGUGAUGCAUCCGGCACUUUUGUGGUGAGCGACUCCACUACUUCGGCCACCUUGUUAGUGCGACCCACUGAAGACCUCUCGACGUCAGUGUUGACCGGGCAGACUAUUGUUAUUUUUGACACCUCUUACCUCUCUUCUCUCAAGUCUUCUUAUCUGGCAUCUGUUAGUCCUGUCUCAUCCUCCCCCAUACUCCCCAUAAACCCGGCAGUUGUGUCGCAGUCACCCACAGUUAAUCCUGACAGCAGCCUCGCUGAUUCCUCUUCAUCUGUGGAAAUCUCUGCAUUAGAAGUCACAGAUACUUCCCUGCGCAAUGUAUCUGUCUUCCCAACAAGAGACGACCUGGUGGAUGAAUCGAGUGAUGUGCCACCCACCGACAUCCCUCCUGUUGAACCUGCAGUAAUCCCUAUUCGUGUUGAUUCUGCUGAUGCUGAAGUCUCUUCUGUAGGAUUAAGUAUGACCGGAUCCAACGACAAUGGCCUUAACUUAGAUCUAGGUCCGAUGUUUACAGCAGUGGCAGGUAUCAUACGCAAUAAUUUAAAUAACCACUUUAUCAAACCAAAGUCAGAUGACGAUAACCGAAGGAAAAUAAAUCCUCCACUUCUUCCCUCCAACACACUCAUUGUAGCCCAAAGGGAACCUCUGCUCAUUCCAGUUGGAGGAGUUGGAGCCUCCCUCAGCAGCACUAAUGACCGUACAGAAGGUCCAGAACAUGGCUUCAUCCCACUUAGACGGCCUGACAGUCCUCUUCAGGCAAGGUUUCCUGCAGAUGCUCACACGCCACAUAAAGGAUUUGCUGCUCCCAGCUUAAAUCCUGGCUUCAUUAGAAUUGCUUCUGAAAAUCCAGUAGCUGAGAAACCUAGUUUCUCACUCCCAGUCAACAUUGAUGAGAUGGAGGGUUUCGGCCCGACUUUCCUUCCUCCUAAAACGCAGUUGGGAUUCACUGCCAUGACAGUUGACCCUCUUGGUCCCACUCGGGUAUCGGUCAUUUCCGGGUCACCGACCAUUUUCUUUGGUGGUGUUGGUCCUAAUGACCUACCACCGCCAGGCCAGCCUGCCCCUUCACCACCUCAGGGACACAAAGUAGACCGAGAACCUGUUUUCAUUCUCCCAAGUCACCCGGUCCUGCAAGACGAGACGAGGCCAGUACCCGUGCCAAUUCGUGUGCCCCUACCUGGAGACAGAAAAUCAAUUCUCCUCAUAGUUCCCCCUAAAGGUUCUUCAGACCAAGUUGCAGCAGGAGAUACUCAAUCAGAAGUUGUGUCAUCAAGGUUUCCACCACAUCACCCUCAGCCAUCACGAGUUGGACCUCAGACCAUCGUCAGCAUUGAAGGUGACAAUCGCAUUGUGAGAACUCAGGUCAUCCCAGCCCACACUCCCAGUCUACAUCAACCACCGCCUAUCAUCGUGGCUCCUGCUCAUGGCGAGUUUGUGCUUCACUCCACAGUCGGUGUUGGUAUAAUUUCAGGACCUCCUGAAGACGAGCGUCCACAACCCCCACCUGAACUUGAGAGCACCGUCGUGUCUGGCUCGGAGACCAUCCUUAUGGGUCAUGGUAUCAACAGUGGCCGCACCACAGUCUUCAGAGGCUCCUCCACUGUCAUGUCCGGUGCCACUACCAUCUUUGGGCCACUGUUUACCCGCCCGGUUGCUAACAAUGAGCCAGAAGGUGACCUGACCUCAGUAGUGAUGGGGCCAGGAGGUACCAUCACCCGUUUUGUCACCCGGGUAGAAACAUCAGCCCGCACCAUCACUGCCACACACACCGAGGUAGUUUUCACUGAGGGAGUUACAUCCACGCUGACUCACGUGAUCCGCAGCACCUUGCCACUGCGAAUUAUCAUCUCUACCAUAGUGGGUACUGCCACCCGUGUCAGCUACAUCACUGCCACAGUUGGUGGUGCUGAGAUGAGAGACCCCACCACAUACCCACCUGGCUCACCCUUUGAUCCAGCCAACUACCCAUCCUUCCCUGUCGAUCCUCACACAGAUGAUUCUGAACUUCGUCUUCCUGGAGAUGCGGAAGUGGUGCUGAGUGAAUCUACUCUAGGUAUAGCAGAGGACAACGAGAUUAGCCGAGUAGUUGAGAGCAAGAGCCCCGACCAGGAGAUCAACAUGGGAGGUCCUCUCAGGGCUCCAGUGUCACAGUGUGAGCCUCAGUGCUCGGCUGGACGUCAUGAGGUGUGCAGGCUGGUACGAGGUGCUCAUACUUGCGUCUGUCGUGCAGGCUACUCACGCAAGAGUGAUUAUGACACCUGUAAACAAUCCCUCGCCUACAAUGUGCAAGUCCUGCUCGACAAAAUGAGUGGCAUCGACCUGGUGUUUGACCCUGUGCUUGACAACACCAGCCAUCCCAUCACGCAGGACCUCUCAGACAUCACUGUCCAUGGGAUCGACCAGGCCAUGAGAGGCUCCGGCCUCGGACCACGAUUCCAUGGUGCUACUGUCACUAAGUUCACUGAUGUCAAGAGACUAGCUAUGCCCGUCUCCGUAGAGCCAAUGGAACACGGGCUGGUAGUGGACAUCAAGGUAGAGCUGUCAAGGACAGAAGGAGAAGAAGAGUUCAAUGAUGACAUGAAUGAGUCUGUGGUGAGGGAGGCACUGGAACUAGCGCUGAAGGAUACCAACUACUCUCUGGGGGAUUCAGAGAUCGUCGCCAACAGGAAAGUGUCGGUGCUGGCCGCCGACGACUUCGACGAAUGUUCCCACGAAGAUCACAAUGAUUGUUCCAGCUAUGCUAACUGCUUCAACACCCCUGGUUCCUAUCUCUGUGCAUGCAAGGACGGCUUCAAAGAUAUGGAUGACAUGCCAGGAAGGCAAUGUGCAGUGCAAACAGAGCAGUGUGCCAGGUGUAACUUCCAGGGAGAGUGCGUCUCCAAGCCCGACGGCUCCAUCGGGUGCCGCUGCUUACAGUGGUUCAGUGGCGACCGCUGCCAGGUCAACCUCAGGGUUCUACUGAUAGUGUUGGUGACGGUGGGUUCCCUACUAGUGGUGCUGCUGCUGCUCUGUCUCGCCCUCUGCUGCCUCCGGGCCAGAAAAAACACCAGGAAUAAAAUGGGACAGAUGCCUGGCGCUCCCACCUUCCUGAGGGCUCGCAGCGCCGGCAUGUCCAGCACACUCGACCGUCGAGCCAUGAUUCACGAGACCUCUUCUGAGAGUUCCAUCGACCAUUCCCGGCUCCAUGCCACCUCCUUCAUGCCUCCAAUGAGCUACGAGAAGCAGGAGCGGCUACAUCGAGCCCCCAGGUCGGAGUUAAGUGUGGGACGACACUCUCAAGCGUCCUUCGCCGAGGACCGUUCUGUGGGGGUACACACCACCCUUCCUCCUGUGUUGAUCCCUCGUGUCAAGGGGCCAGCACCUCCCCGUCCAUGUGUAGUGAGUCGCGGGGAGAAUGGUGAACCUCGUGUCAUGAUUGGGGCAGAUGCUCGCUCCGACCUGGCUAGCUCUCAGCAGGCAUUCGUCGACCUGUUGGACCAGCCAGCUCCUGCUGCAGCAUUGGACAGAACCAGCAGGGAGAGCAUAGCAGCUGCUUCAGUCCACAGCAGUGCCAGGAUCAACCGGUCUAGAUCACACUCACGGGAGCAUCUGGCGAAUGCCUUCCUGCAUCAGCUGCAUCCACAGCCCCAUAUGGACUCCAACAGGUCUCACUCCACGGACAGGCUCCACCACAGCAACCACGACCUCUCUACAGAUAGACUCCACCACAACGCCCACAGCCACUCCACGGACAGGCUCCAUCACAGCAACCACGAUAAUUCCACGGACAGGCUCCACCACCACAGCAACCACGACCUCAACUCAGAGUUUGGGGUCAACUUUUCCUUUAGAGGAGAUGGUGAACGGACCAUGAGCAUGGCCCGCUCCUGCGAUGAGACCACAGUCAGAGCACCCAUCAGAAGUCUGCGUGCUGACAGCUUCUACUCUUCAAAGGCCCUGUCUUCUCAGCAUAUCUCUGACGAGCACCAGACCAUGGCUGAACGAGAUGGCGGCUCCACUGUCGUCUACCCACAGAUGGAACUGUAUCGUCCGGCGCGUGAUACUGACUCCCUGAGUGAUAUGAGCGAGCAGCACUCCAAGGUAACCUCCAGCAGAGCAACCUCCAGGAACUACUUCUCUUGAAGCAGACCUGCGUCUUCUUCGCCUCUCCCAGGCGCUGCUUACCCUUAACGGAAGGGAAAACGAGAGAAACAAAACAUGCAGAAUUCCGCAUUUGUUCCAACAGUACUAAAUAAUAUCUCUUCGUGUAAUACUGGACGUGAUCCUCAAGAGUUAAUACUACUGUAACUAAAAUAUUUACUUGUAUGAGAGGUUCAGAAAUGGUGCUGUUGACAAUUCCAUUCGCUGCCUGGCAGCUGGUACUAGCACACUCACCGAGGCUAUUUGGUCGAGCGAUGAGAGUUUGCAAAAGAUUAAGUAAACCAAAACUCCAGCAAUAGAAUAUCAAAAUCGAAAUACGUAUAGAUAUUUCAACAUAUUUUUUAAAACCCUUUCUGGAUUUCCUUUAUUCACUAUUGCACUCGUCAUCAGUCCAAGGCCAAGAUAUACAAUGGUCCAGUGUCAUGACGUUAAGCUUAUUUUUCCUCUGAUUUUCAGAGGUGCUGUUGUUCUUGACAGAUGUGUAGGAAGGCGAGAUGUGCCGUCCUUCCUGUCAUGGUGCAGGAGGGCGAGACGUGCCGUCCUUCCUGUCAUGGUGCAGGAGGGCGAGACAUGCUGUCCUCCCUGUCAUGGUGCAUAUCUUCUUAAAGCAAAAAAGGUCUCAAAUUGACUUGAGAAAUAAACUAGCAUUUGCUCAAGCAGCUUAAUAUUUAUUUAUUUUCAAUGC